UCUGUUCUAACUGAAGAGAAAUCUUAGUUGUUCCAUUUGAAUUAGCGUGCAAGUUGGUUGGAUCUGAUUUUAAUUGAAAGUUUUAUUUUGUUGGUGAAGGAAUACCUAUCUCAAGUGAUAUGAAUGUCGUACCAUUUGUCGCACAAUAUUAUUUGGCGUGGUUGUUCGUUUUGUUUGUCGUUACUCGACAUUCUCAAGCGCUACGAUGUUAUACGUGUAGCUAUGUACCAACAACUGGUAGCCGUGCUUGCAUUGAGAAUCCGGAUAAAGUUGAGGGACAAAAGUUUACCAACUGUAACAAAAAGUUUUGCACCAUUCUGCGCCAAGAACUCGUUACUCCGUCAGGAUUUGUGAAUUCAUUUCUGCGAGGAUGCGAAGAUACACCCAGGAAUGACCUUGUAAGCGAUCCAACGUUUAAGACGUUUUACCGUUCGUGCAAUACUGAUUUAUGCAACGAUGGUGACGGCAUAAAGGCAUCAGGAUCUGGUAUAAUAUCCGACGGAUAUUUCGGUGCAAACUUAUUGGUACCCGGAAUAAACGGAAGCCAACGCAUUCAUCAAUUCAACAUACAAAAUGCAUUUUUAAUGCUACUCUUGUGUGCCGUCAUGUUACUAGUUACAUCAAUACACUAUACAUGAGUGUUUGAAGGAAGCUAUGCAAUUUAUUUUAUUUAUGGAAUGUAAUGUUCAUUGAUGGCUCUGUUGAAUUUUGUCUUUUGAGGCCCAUUAAAUAUUUACAAUGACAAUUAAUUUGCUGCCGUAAACUUGGUUGAUGUUUGAACGAACAGAGCAAAU